AUGGAAAACAAACAACCGAGAAUACCGACCCUGAUGACACUGCGACUGACGAGACCGACGACAACAAAUACAAACACAGAGAGAACACCACUACUACAAACACCAGGACAGGCCCCACACCCACACAGAUACAUGACCAGACGGGCACACCAACAUACAAACACAGACGAGACAGAAGCCAGCACCUCCACACACCAACCACACACCACACAUCAAACAGUACCACACAAAACACAACCCUCAAACACACCAGACACCGACACCGACACAGACUCCACCACCUCCACCGCAGAGACAGUUAUACAUAUCGAAACAACACACACAACCACGCCACAGACACAAACGACGGACGACGACACAGACAAUAACACCGACACCACCUCACUCACCGACACAGACGAACAUACACAAACACCCCAACCAAUCACACACACCACACGGGACUCAAGACGAUACAAAAAAAAAAAAAAAAGAGGGACAAAACAGAAAACACUAAAUACACUGACAACACCAAACCGACGGACGAACAACGACAGACGGAGGCCAAGGAAACAGAACACAACCUCCAACUCCAACGCAGAACCACGGAGAAGCAACCACGAGCCACAAGGAACAAGGAACAACGCAAAAACUCACCAAGGCCCACACCGACGAGAGCCACCGAACCAAAACCAAAAAUUGAAGUACAAAUAG